UCGUCUCCCCCAUCUCCGCUCCACCCCAAUUUUCGACCCGUCUCGCCCCUUUGCCCCCCCGUCUCUCCGCCGCCUGCGCUAGGCGAUCGCCGGCGCAGGAUGGCGGCGGCUGGUGCAGCGACGCCGGUGGGCGCAGCGCCCAGGGUGGGGCUGCUGUACGACGAUAGGAUGUGCGCGCACGCGACGCCUGACGGGGAGAAGCACCCGGAGAACCCCGAGCGGCUGCGCGCCAUCCGGCGCAAGCUCGACGCCGAGGGCGUCGCGUCCAGGUGUGUGGACAUGAAGGCAAAGGAGGCCAAAGAAAAAUAUAUAGCCUCUGUCCAUACCCCAAAUCAUAUAAAACUGAUAAGGGAUAUCAGCUCGAAGGAGUAUGAUUACCGUCGAAACAAGACUGCUAGGAAAUUCAAUUCCAUUUACUUCAAUGAGGGCUCCUCAGAGUCUGCUUUCCUUGCAGCUGGUUCUGUCAUCGAGGUUGCUGAGAAGGUUGCGGCAGGUGAGUUGAGUUCUGCUAUCGCUCUUGUCAGGCCUCCAGGCCACCAUGCUGAACAUAAUGAGCCAAUGGGAUUUUGUCUCUUCAACAACGUGGCUAUUGCAGCAAAUUAUCUCUUAAAUGAGAGGCCUGACCUAGGUAUCAACAAGAUAUUAAUCGUCGAUUGGGAUGUUCAUCAUGGAAAUGGCACACAGAAGAUGUUUUAUAGUGACUCUCGUGUAUUGUUCUUUUCAGUGCACAGAUUUGAUUACGGAAGCUUCUACCCUUGUGAAGGGGAUGCAUCUCACUGUUUCAUUGGGGAAGGAGCUGGUGAAGGGUACAACAUUAAUGUGCCCUGGGAGCAUGGUAAAUGUAGUGAUGCAGAUUAUGUUGCUGCAUGGGACCAUGUACUGCUUCCUAUUGCAGAAGCAUUUGAUCCUGAUAUAAUAUUACUGUCUGCUGGGUUUGACGCAGCAAUGGGUGAUCCUCUUGGUGGUUGCUGCAUCACUCCAGAUGGAUAUGCACUGCUACUAACAAAGCUGUUAGGUUUUGCAAAAGGAAGGAUUGUGAUGGCUCUUGAAGGAGGCUAUAACCUUAAGUCCAUAGCAAACUCAGUUUGUGCUUGCACAAAAGUUUUGUUGGGAGAUAACUUCACAUAUAACUCUCCACGGAUGCAACCAUUUGAAUCUACAUGGAGAGUCAUACAAAUGCUGGGACGAAUAGUAGAGAGUAUUAACCCAAUGGUGGAGCCCUUGAAUAAUUCCUCUUUCUUGUUUUCCCCUUUGGGGAAUGAACAGCCGUACGCAUCCUCUGGUUCUGAGUCUGAUGUUGAAGAUGUUAGUGAGCUUCCUGAUGCUAUUUCAUCUGUCAAUGUUACUCAAGUUGUUGAUGAUGUUUUAAGUAAACACAUCACAAUGUUGAAACUUGACGAAGAUAACCUUGUGACGAAGAACACCUCAAGUGAUUCAGUUCAAGCACAAGACGACGGACCUGUUGUGGCGUCUACAAGAAUAUAUGAUCUACCAUUUACUUGGAGAUCAGCAUUGUCAAAAGUUUAUGUUUGGUAUGCCAGCUUUGGUUCAAACAUGUGGAAACCAAGGUUCUUGUGCUACAUUGAAGGGGGGAAGGUUGAUGGUAUGAGUAUAUCAUGCUUUGGUUCACAUGACACAAGCCCACCAAGAGGUACCAUGUGGAAGACUGUGCCUCAUAGAUUGUUUUUUGGGAGAUCUUCUACCCCUUGCUGGGGUACCGGUGGUGUUGCUUUCCUCAACCCUGAGACAAACUACAAUGAUGAGUCAUAUGUCUGCAUGUACAAAAUAACGCUUGAGCAGUUCAAUGAUGUAUUGUUUCAAGAGAACAGGUUAGUGAAGGAUAACAGCGAAGAUGGAAAACUUGAGUCUCCCAGCUCUCCUUUGAUUGGCUUGUCCGAAAUAGAGUCUGUCUCUUCAAACAAAGCUCUUCAUCUUGAACCUAUCAAGGAUAGCUGGUACUCCAAUGUACUUCACCUUGGAGAGGAGGACGGCCUUCCAAUCUUAACUAUGACAUGCCCCUCAACAGCUGUUGCGCAGCACAAAUCUGGCGAGCUGCCAUUAGCUCCUCCAUCUGAGACCUACUCCGCCACUCUGAUCAAGGGACUCGUGGAAGGGAAGCAGCUGGACGCCAACGAGGCCGCCAACUACAUCUCCUCUGCUGCCGCAAGAAGCCUGUGAACUUGUGGAGGCUGCUUCGCCGUGUGUUGUGUACAGCCAGUGGGAAGGAAGGAAUUAAGGGAUUGUGCGUAGUAGGCAUGUAAAAAUGUAGUUUGAUUCGGAACCAGGGGAGCCGUAGAGGCCUCAUUUUGUGCCACCAUUGUAUCUGACUAUGUUCAUCAGUAGGAUCGUUUGGAGUUUGCGCUGGAUUGAUGACUACUCAGAAUAUUAAAUGGAUGAACUAGUUUGAGUAGCACAUAA